AUGGGCGGCAAGAGGAAGCGUACGGAGGGCUCUGCACCGGCGCAGGCGGGCAGCGGCAAGGCGAACGGCAAGGUGCACAAUGGCAAGAAGAAGCACAAGGUCGCAGCCGCGAAGAAAGUGAGCGAAUCCGCGCCCCAGAAGACGCAGGAGAAGGCCGCAAAGGCUGUGAAGCCCAUGGUGCUGGCCAACUCCAACUGGCUGGCGCUCAAGAGCAAGAUCCAGCAGAAGGACCAGCGCCACAAGGGCGGCAAGGUGCCCGAGAAGAAGCACGACCUGGACGUGAAGGCCCAGAAGCAGCGCGCCAAGCAGGAGAAGCAGGCCAAGCGCAAGCAGCAGCGCACCGCCGAGUGGGUGGACAACUCGCUCAUCGUGGGCAUGGAUUGCGAAAUGGUGGGCGUGGGCCUCUCGGGCAAGACGAGCGUGCUGGCGCGCUGCAGUAUCGUGGACUACAACGGCAACGUGCUGUACGACAAGCACGUGCGCCCCGUGGAGAAGGUCACGGACUUCCGCACGCACGUGAGCGGCAUCAAGUCGAGCUCGCUGCGGCACGCCAUCCCCUUCAAGCAGUGCCUCAAGGAGGUGGGCAAGCUGCUGCAGGACAAGAUCAUUGUGGGCCACGCCCUGAAGAACGACUUCCAAGCGCUCAUGUUCACGCCGCCUAAGCACCUCAUCCGAGACACGGCGUACUACCGACCGUACAUGCGUCGCAAGAUGAACGGAACGAAAUUGUACCCGAAGGCACUGAAGGUCUUGACGGAGGAAGUGCUGGGCCGACAGAUUCAAACAGGACAGCACGACUCCGUUGAGGAUGCUCGUGCGACGUUGGAGCUGUACAAGCGUGAGCAGUACGCGUGGGAGAAGUAUCUGCGCACGAACAAGAGCAGCAGCUCGCUGGUGGGCGUCGCGCCCGCUCUGCCGGAGAAGGACACGGAGGAGGACGCUGUCAAGCCGCUGCCCGCCGCUGCCAAGGCCCACCUAGACAGCGACGACGAGGAGAUCAGCACUGGACGAGGCGCCAUGGCCGUCCCGGACUCCAAGGAGCUCGCCAUGAUGGAGUACGGCGAAUAA